CUCUCACCUACGGCACCUCGUGCAUCACCGUGGCCGCUCUGUCCUCGCUGCUGGGGGGGGGCGUCCUGCAGGGCUCGUUCACGGUGAUGGGGGUGAUCAGCGGGCCCCUGCUGGGCGCCUUCGUGCUGGGAAUGUUCCUGCCCCGCUGCGGGACCGCCGGGGUCCUGGCAGGCCUGGCCGUGGGGCUGGCGCUGUCCCUGUGGGUGGCCGUGGGUGCCACCCUGUACCCGCCCAGCGCGGCCACCAUGGGGGUGCUGCCCACCUCGGGGACGCUGUGCCUGCCCCUCAAUGUCACCAACGCCACCGCAGCCACCGCCCUGCCCGCGCCACCCCCGGAGCCGCUGCGCCCGGCCGUCCUGGGCGAGUUCUACUCCGUGUCCUACCUGUACUACGGCGCCUUGGGGACCCUGGGGACCGUGGGGACAGGGGCGCUGCUCAGCCUGCUGCCAGGGCCAGCCCGGCAGCGCCACUGUCCCCAGGGUGUGCUGUGGUGGGACAUCGUCAGGGCCGCGCCCUCGGGUGUCCCCAAGGGUGACAACAGCCCCGGGGACACACCCCCGGACAAGGCCCGGGUGACCCAGGGGCUGCUGGAGAGGCCCCACGGGGAGGGGACACCCUCGUGUGACCCCCCUGGGGGUGGCACUGUUACUGAGAGCGACGUGUAG